AUGCACAAGGCGUACCAGCCUCUUCAGCCGGCCACCAACAGACACCUGCAGCAGAGAUGGGACCAGUCCGCAUACCAACAACACAGGGACAAGGUGUACGCGGCAAGGCCCAUGGUGGACACCAAGGGCAUGAAAGCUCCCGCUCACGUCCAGCUGAAGCUGAAGAAACUACAGGUUCAUGAGGAGUGUCAGGCCGUCAUCGAGAGAGACAACCGACUCCUCGCCUCCAGGCUGUCUGACAUUGUGCGGUCCAGAGGUCUGGUCGACCACAGGAACCAUUACGCUGAGCGGAGUCUGAACGCUGAGAAGAGGAGGGAUGAGCUGCUGCACGUGACCAAUCAGAACCAGGCCAUCUACCAGCGAAUCACGGCCCGCCAGUCGGAGUACCGCCGGCAGCUGUGGUUGGACGACUGGAAGAGGGAGGAGCGUAGACGAGAAGACAUCGCUCGGUACCCGAGAGGGGUCCAGCACCAGCAGAGAUCCAGGAGGAGGGUGAAGUUCAGCAGCGUCGGGGACACGUCCGAGCCGAGUGAGGUGACCCCCCCCCAGUGA